GACAGCACAGAGCAGCAUGUGGUCACUUCGUCCCAUACUCCACCGAAGAGUUCUGCCCUGUGGACUACCCUUUCUUGGGAUGUCUUCAUUCUCCCACUGAGAACCAAGUUAGAAGAUUGUGCUAAGGAAACUGGAGCUCAGAAAGACCACCAGAGCUCUGUGGGGAGAAGCAGAGCUGUGCUGAGGGAAAGAGAGAGGGGCAGGGUGGGGGUGAGGGGCGGCUUUAGAAUUCUCCAUGAAGGUUGCUAGAUUAUGCCAGUCAUUCCCAAAGCUACAGGGAGCACUCCGUCCAAGAAAGGAGGCGCUGGUACUAAGCAGGCGGAGGUGAGGGGACCUGGGCGGGCAGGCAACUCCGACUCCAGUCUCCUCCAAGGGGGCAAUUUGAGCACUUAGGAAAGCCUCCAGCCGCUGGAAGAUGGGGGCCAGCAGCAGCAUGGUGAGCCAGCAACUCUGGCUGAGACCAGUGUGUGUUGGCUGGAGGCAGGAUAUGGAAGGGGCUCUCUACCACCUGGCUAACCUCUUCCUGCUUCUGGGCUUCAUGGGGGGCAGCGGGGUGUAUGGUUGCUUCUACCUCUUUGGCUUCUUGGGCACAGGCUACCUGUGUUACGUGCUGUGGGGCUACUUCCAUGCCUGCAGCUUGAACAUCACCCUGGGGGCCUCCCUGCUGGCAAUCGCCUGUCUGUCCCAGCUGGCACACCUGGCGUACCGCCUGCGUGAGGAAACCAUGCCCAAGGAGUUCCACCUCCUCUAUCAGACUCUGUGCCUGCCGCUGCGGGUGCCCCCCCGGGCAUACAAGGAGAUCGUGCACUGCUGCAAGGAGCAGGUCUUGGGGCUGGCCACGGAGCAGACCUAUGCUGUGGAGGGCGAGACGCCUAUCAACCGCCUGUCCUUGCUGCUCGCUGGCCGGGUGCGUGUGAGCCAGGAGGGGCAGUUUCUUCACUACAUCUUUCCCUACCAGUUCAUGGACUCACCUGAAUGGGAAUCCCUGCAGCCCUCCGAGGAGGGGGUGUUCCAGGUCACUCUGACGGCCGAGACUACGUGCAGCUACAUUUCCUGGCCCCGGAAAAGUCUCCACCUUCUUCUGGCCAAAGACCAAUACAUCGCCCGCCUCUUUACUGCCUGGCUGGGCUAUGACAUUUCAGAGAAGCUCUACUCUCUCAAUGACAAACUCUUUGCCAAGUUUGGCCUGCGCUUUGACAUCCGCCUUCCCAGCCUCUACCACGUCCUGGGUCCCGCUGCCCUGGAUGCAGGGCCAGAGCCUGAGAAGAAUGGCGAGGAGCCUUGUGAGCCAGCCGUGUCCCUCUCUCGGAUCCUGCCCACACCUGUCCAGAAAACACUCCCUUGUCCUCCCCCUCCAACUGCCACCAACCCUCCUGCACCCCCUUCCCGGGCAAGGAUGUCCAGGCCCGACAGCGGCACCCUGGCGUCUACAGCUCCUCUUCCGAGCAACUCUCCAGUUAUGUCCAAGGGAAAGGCCCCUUUGGCCCCGACCCAAACUCCUGAACUCUGAGGAUCUUUGGACAGUCCUUUUGGCUGAUAUACUCUGGCCCUCGUUAAUAGCCACAGGAAGGUCACCGUCUGCACAGCUACUUCCUUACAGGAAGGCUCACCCACCUGCUAGGAGCGGACACAGAAGAGGACACCGUGGUCACCACACACAACCCUGAAGGACUUUUGAAAAGAGUCACCCUCAUCAGAUUUCCUCCUGGAGAAUGCCACUCAAAGUGCAGA